CGCAGUAGUCCGUUGGGUGCCGAUCUCGUUUCCACCCCCUUUCCCGAUCUCUCUCGAUCUUGAUCUCGAUCCCGUUCCCCAAUGGCGGACGUGAAGAUCGCGAAGCUCCAAACCGCGAUCGCUGCUUUCGAUCAGAUCAGCGAAAAUGAGAAAUCUGGAUUCAUCAGCCUUGUGUCUCGCCAUCUGAGUGGCGAGGCAGAGCAGAUCGAGUGGAGUAAGAUUCAGACUCCUACUGAUGAAGUGGUCGUGCCUUAUGAUACCCUGGCGUCACAUCCGGAAGAUAUCGAGGCAACAAAAACACUUCUCAACAAGCUUGCAGUGCUUAAGCUCAAUGGAGGAUUGGGAACCACUAUGGGUUGCACGGGUCCCAAAUCUGUCAUUGAAGUGCGAAAUGGAUUUACUUUUCUUGACCUAAUUGUUAUCCAAAUAGAGUCUCUCAAUAAGAAGUAUGGAUGUGAUGUCCCUCUGCUUUUGAUGAAUUCUUUCAACACUCAUGAUGAUACACUAAAGAUCGUGGAGAAAUAUGCCAACUCAAAUAUCAAGAUUCAUACAUUUAACCAGAGCCAGUAUCCUCGUUUGGUUGUCGAAGAUUUUAUGCCAUUACCAAGCAAAGGCCAGUCUGGCAAGGAUGGUUGGUACCCUCCUGGCCAUGGUGAUGUUUUCCCAUCUUUGAUGAACAGUGGCAAGCUUGAUGCCUUGCUAUCACAGGGUAAAGAGUAUAUUUUUGUUGCAAACUCAGACAACUUGGGUGCUAUAGUUGACUUGAAAAUUCUGAACCACUUGAUUCACAAUCAAAAUGAAUAUUGUAUGGAGGUGACACCAAAAACUUUGGCUGAUGUUAAAGGUGGUACACUUAUCUCAUACGAAGGAAGGGUUCAGCUUCUCGAGAUUGCACAAGUUCCUGAUGCUCAUGUGAGUGAAUUCAAGUCAAUUGAAAAAUUCAAAAUCUUCAAUACAAACAACCUAUGGGUGAACUUGAAGGCCAUUAAACGGCUUGUUGAAGCUAAUGCACUUAAAAUGGAGAUUAUUCCAAACCCCAAGGAAGUAGAUGGCGUGAAAGUUCUUCAAUUGGAAACUGCAGCUGGUGCAGCAAUUCGAUUUUUUGACCAUGCUAUUGGCAUCAAUGUUCCUCGGUCUAGGUUUCUUCCAGUGAAGGCAACCUCAGAUUUGCUGCUAGUACAGUCUGAUCUAUAUACUCUGGUUGAUGGCUUUGUUAUUCGAAAUAAAGCCAGAACAAAUCUCGCAAAUCCUUCAAUUGAACUCGGGCCUGAAUUUAAGAAGGUUGCCAGCUUCCUUGGUCAUUUCAAAUCAAUACCCAGCAUUGUGGAGCUUGAUAGCUUAAAGGUUUCUGGUGAUGUUUGGUUUGGUGCAGGAAUAGUACUGAAGGGCAAUGUGAGUAUCACCGCAAAAUCUGGAGUAAAGCUGGAGAUUCCUGACGGAGCUGUUCUUGAGAAUAAGGUGAUCAACGGCCCUGAAGAUAUCUGAGCAUAUUCAUGAAGUUUUGGUGGUUCAAUUUGCAGGAGUCCACGAGAGGUUUUGACCCUCAAAUUUUGAGCACUUCAUUGUUCUGUUUAUGUGUCACACUAUUAACUUAAAAGAACAAUGUCUCUUGCACUAAUAAUGUUUUUUCUCCCCAAGAAAUGAAACAUUUAGUGAGGUUUCAUCCAUUUUUACCCCUCGCUUGUCAUUUUCUUUUGCUUUUUCAAUGUAAAUCACAAUCUAGCCAAUAACUACAUUCAUGAUGGUUGAGGAAACAUGAUUGUAGCAGAUAAACGAAGGAACUGAUCUCUA